AUGGCAUUAUUAAAAGAAGACGAUUAGUUUACUCAUAUAAUAGCGAUUGAUUUUGGAACAGGUGCAUCAGGAUAUGGAAUAGCUCCAAAAUUUUUAGAUUAAGAUGGAAAAUCAAGAAUAGAAGUAUUUAAUCCUUGUGAUGAUAGUGAUGAUUAGAAAACUCCAUCAGCAAUUCUUUUUGAUAACAAUAUGAAAUUUAUAGAUUUCGGUUCAUCUGCAAUUUAGAAAUACGCUGAAAUUUUAGAAGAUGGAGAUACUGCAUUAUUUUUUUAAAAUUACAAAAUAAAUUUACUACAUUUAAAUACAUAUGCUAAAAGUAUUGAUGGUAGAGAAAUGCCUCUAGUCAUUCUUAUUUCGGAAACAUUAAGAUUUAUAGCAGAAUAAGCAUUAGCUAAACUAAAAGAUUAAGUAGGUAAAAUCGUGAGUUCUAAAAUAAGAUGGAUCAUUACAGUGCCUGCAUUAUGGAGUGAGGAACAUAAAUUUUUUAUGCGAAAAGCUGCUGUUGAAGCUUAGAUAAUAGAAUCUUUGCAUUCUUCAAACCUUUUAUUAUGUCUUGAACCUGAAGGAGCAAGUAUAUAAUGUAGAGAAGAUGCAGAAUAAUAAUUAAAAGAAUAAAUGAAAAAGAAUUCUGUUAUUAUGGUGUUAGAUUGCGGAGGUGGGACUAUAGAUAUAACUGUACACAAAUUAUUAUGUGAAGUUCAUGAAAAAUUUUUAUGUUAAGAAAUUAUUCCUUCUAGUGGAGGAUGUGAAUGGGGUUCUAAAUAUGUAGAACUUUAUUUUGAAGAAUUUUUAAAAGAUUUUUUAGGAUCAGAAUUAUAUAGAGUUUAUUAAAAAAAUGCUUUGGCAAGGUUAGAUAUAUUAAAAGAUUUUGAAAUAUUAAAAAGAAAAUUUAAAGGAAAUAAUAAUGAAAGAAGUAUGAUUAAAUUAAGCUAUUUAGGAAGUGAUUUAUCAUCUGGUUAAUUAAAUAAACUUGUAAAAAUUCAUAAUGAAAAACAUCCUCCUGAAUUUAAUGUUGAAUAAUUAAUAAAAUAAACAGAAGCAAAGGGUGAACAUGUUAAUUUUAUAUUUAUGGUUGGAGGAUUUUCAGAAAGUCCUUUUUUAAAAUAAAUAAUAAAAUAAAAGUUUGAAUCUGCUUAGGUAUAAGUUUUAGUUCCAAGAAGGCCUUAAAUAAGCGUUAUUAGAGGUGCUUGUUUAUAUGGUUUAAAUCCAAGAUCAAUUUCUUCAAGAAUUGCAAAAAAAACUUAUGGAAUUAAUACUUUGACUACUUUUGAUUCUGAAAAACACCCUGAAGAUAAAAAAGUUAUUAUUGAAGGCGAAGAAUUUUGUGAAGAUGUGUUUGAUGCUUUCGUUCGUAAAGGAGAUAGUGUAGGUAGUUAAGAAGUGCAUACAAAGAUUUAUUGUCCAGUAAGAAGUCGAUAAAUUGUUAUGAGAAUAAUAUUUUAUGUCACUGAAAAAAGAGAUGUUAAUUUUGUUGAUGAGGAAGGUGUUAAAUAAUUAGGAGAGUUGUGUGUUGAUUUAGGUAAACCGUUUUAAUCUGUAGAAGAUAAAACUGUUAAAGUAACACUUUUGUUUGGAUAAACACAUAUAUAUGCAACUGCUACUAAUAAAGAUGGAACAGAAAUUAAAAAUUGUGAAUUUAAGUUUGAAUGUGGAAAUUGA